CCGCCGACACCUGAUCACCUCCUCCGCAUCAUCAUCCUCGUCAUCAUCCUCCAGCAGCUUCGGUCACCCCUUCAGCCACACCUUCAGCAGACGCGUACGUGUGUGUUUGUGUGAUCGCACCUGGGAGUCCUCGCACCCUGCCCAAUGAAGAUGGAGCGCGGGGAGGCUGCGUGCCGGGUGUGUGGGGACAAGGCCUCCGGCAAGCACUACGGCGUGCCCUCCUGCGACGGCUGCCGGGGCUUCUUCAAGAGGUCCAUCCGCCGCUACCGUAACAAGACGCUGGAUUACGUGUGCAAAGAGGCGGGCACUUGUGUCGUGGACGUGACCCGCCGGAACCAGUGCCAGGCGUGCCGCUUCAAGAAGUGCCUCGACGUCAACAUGAAGAAGGACGCCGUGCAGCAUGAGCGGGCGCCUCGGUCCUGCCAGAAGCGUCCCAUGUUCGCGCCGGACAUGCCGGGUUCGACAGGGUUCCCUCCUGUGUCGGUGGGCAGCGGGGCCAGUCUGCCGCCCCUGCCGCCCUACUACCCCGCCCUGCUGCCGCCCAUGCCCUUCAAGCCGCCCUUCCUGCACAUGACCCCCUCCAUGGCGCCCCUCAACCUGCACUUCAGCCACAACUCGGCCUUCAAGCCCAACCUGGCGGCCCUCACCAGCGAGCUGCGGCGGCCCUUCAGCGAGGCGGCGGCGCUCCACCACUCCCCCUCGCCGCCCGUCGACGCCAAGGCCCCAAUCACCGACCGCCUCGAAUACAAGUUCCCCGGCGCUGAAGCCUUCGAGUUCAAGCCACCAGUCAGCGAGCGCCUGGGCCUCAAGCCGCCAAUCAUGGACCGCCUGGAGCUGAAGCCAACGCCGAUCGAUGUGCGGCCGCCAAUGAGCGCGCUGAUCGACAUCUCGCGGGCGGCCAAUGAGGGCUCGGCGUUCAGCCCCCCGCGCCGCGCCGCCUCGCCCCCCCAGGCCAGCAGCGGGGAGGCCGAGGUGACCAGCUCCGACGGGCCCGCUAAGAACAGCGCCAAAGCCUCCAUCGCCGCCGCCAUCAUCCACAGCGCCGCCACCAUCACCACCACCACCACCACCACGGCAGACCCAUCCUUCACCACCACCACCACCACGACCACCACCAUCAACAACAACAACAUCGACACUGUCACCAACAACAACAUCGGAGUCAUUUCAGCAAUCAACUGCAAAAUCAACAAUGACAAACGAGAGCAGACAUCACCACCCCCUCCUCCACCAGGUAGCACCUCCACCACCACCACCACCAGCACCACCCCUCGCUCGCCCUCAAUCAUCAGCCCCUCCAGCACGCCCUUACCCUCGCCCACGUCCCCCUCACCCCCCCUCAACGCCGCCCUGCCCUCCGCCCCCCCUAUCACAGUGGACCCCGGCGCCCUGGUCAUCUCGCCCUCAGAUAGUGUAUUUGAGAACGCCGCUAAGUUGCUGUUCCUGGGCGUGAAGUGGGCGCGAUCCAUCCCUUCCUUCAUGCAGCUGCCCUUCCGCGACCAGGCCAUCCUGCUUGAGGAGUCCUGGAGUGAGCUCUUCGUGGUGGCUGCCGCUCAGUGGUCUCUGCCCCUCGACCAAGGGCUGGUGCGCGGGGUGGAGCCUUCAGGAGAGCACGAGGCGGCUCUGGCACGGACGGUGGAGGGCAUGAGAGACGUGAUCACCCGCCUACACGCCCUCAGAGUUGACCACACCGAGUACGCCUGUCUCAAAGCCCUCAUACUCUUCCGCCCGGAGGCGCGGGGGCUACGAGAUGGCUAUGGCGUGGAGGUGCUGCAGGACCAGACCCAACUCAUGCUGCACGAGUACCUGGCCAGCAAGGUGUGUGGGGCAGGGGGCAGGGUGCGGGCAGGUAAGCUCCUCCUGCUGCUCCCCGCCCUCGGUCACAUCUCCGCCACGGCCGUCCAAGAGAUCUUCUUCAAGCGGACUGUCGGAAACACCCCAAUUGAGCGAGUCCUCUGUGAUAUGUUCAAGUCCAGCUGAAGUUUGAGGACCUAAACCACUGCUGGAGUCGAUCAUCAGUCAGUUUGGCCUGUUCAUGUUUCUCUCGUCAUUUUUCUUUCUUUCUCCUUUCCCUUUUAUCUUCACUAUGUAUUUGGUUCGCUUUCUCUUCACGCUUUUCCUCUCUUUCCAUUUUGUACAGUUUAAAAAGAUUAUUUCUCCACUGUGUUUCAAGCUGGUCGAAGAUUUUCCAUUCCAGUUCUUCAAGUAAAGCUGUAAAAACUCGAAACCUAAGUGUACAAUGAUUAUUCUAGUCUAAAUUGCUUAACGUGUAUAUUAUUUUGCAAACUGUGAGGGAAGGCUUGUGUUGUGACUUGCUAUACUAUACACAUCUACACACAAAAGAAUGGUAAUAUUAUUGUCUGCCGUCACAUCCAUAUCACACAGACCUGACUUUCCUAACUUGCAUUCACGUCUCUGGAAAGUUUAAAGCUGUCUGAAAUACUCGUGAUUUGUACAUUGUGUGAUUUACUACUGCACACAUCCACACAGAGAAAUGGUAAUGUUAUAUUGUCUCCCGUCAUGUCCAUAUCACAUACGUCUCUCCGUUUCGGCCCAGAACCCUUAAAUAACUUGCAUUCACAUCUCUGGAAAGUUUCAAGACUGUCUGGAAUAUUUGUGAAUUGUACAUUGUGUGAUUUACUACUGCACACAUCCACACAGAGAAAUGGUAAUGUUGUAUUGUCUCCCAUCAUGUCCAUAUCACAGGUGUCUCUUUAUUUGGGCCCAGAACCUGACCUCCUUAUCUUGCAUUUACGUCUCUGAAAAGUUUAAAGGCUGUCUGGAAUACUCGUGUGUGAUUUACUGCUGCACACAUCCACACAGAGAAAUGGUAAUGUUAUAUCAUCUCCCGUCACAUCCAUAUCACAGGUGUCUCUUUAUUUGGGCCCAGAACCCUUCCCUGACUUACAUUCACAUCUCUGGAAAGUUUCAAGGCUGUCUGAAUACCUGUGAUUAGUACCUUGUCGCCCAUCCUUUACAUACAUUGAAAAUAAUUGAAAUGUGGCGAAUAUUAACUUUAUGUCUGGUAUUAUUGAGACACACCAGGCUUAUUAUGCUCCAGUUUGAAUGUCAUGUGUAUAAGAAAAUUAAAAUAGAAGAUAUAUAUAUGCGUAAUUAUCUUGCAAGUAUGCCAAGAGGAUAUACAAUGAUAUCAACAACGUGAUAAUGCUAAUGAAUUUCAGACUUUUGAUCAAUACUGUAAAUAAUAAUAAUAAUAAUAAUAAUAAUAAUAAUAAUAAUAAUAAUAAUAAUAAUAAUAAUAAUAAAUAAAUGUUCUUUGGUACAUGCCCACAGGUGAUAGGAACCACUGAAAACAAGGAAAGACUAGAAAAUAUGUAUUGCGGACAACAUCUUUUGGCAUUGGGAGCAGUGAGCAGCGGGCUUUUUUUUCACAUUUGUUUCCUUUUUUUUAUGCCCUUGAACUGACUCCUCUGUUGUGAGAAGAAAAAAAAAAAAAAAUCACACAUUAACCCCUAAACAUCAGCAGAGCUACAUACAGACAGUCCAAAAUUCAGUCAGUCAGUUUUGCAUGGCAGAAAUACAACAACACUUCCAGAUUGCCGUAGAAUCUAUAUAAAGACGAUAGUUAAAACAUCUAUUAUGCGGCGUAACUAUAUUUAUGCUACGGUCCUAAGGUUGGCAAUGGUUACAUAUAGACCAUUCAUUUUGGGGGAGGCUACUCUUUGAAUAUUGCUGCCGUCUAAAGCCCCGUUCAAACUGUGCCGACCCUGGGCCACGACAACCCAGCGACUUUUAUGCCCCCUUCACACUGUGCCGAAUCAGCAUGCAGCGAUUGUUUCUAGACCUCUUUCUGAUCAUGUGCGACCCUUUCACAUCAAAAUUUCACACCCAAGACUUCGUAUACCCCAAGUCACUGGGUUGUCGUGGCCCAGAGUCCGCACAGUGUGAACGGGGCAUAAGGGUUAAGAAGGUGUAUCAACAUAUAUCACUCAAAUGCAUCCACAAAACCUGAAUACAGUGUUCCGGACAGUAAAGUUACCGUAGUGGAGACUCAGUACCCUGGAAGAAACCUUAUCUCUAUAGAGGCAUGUCGGUUGUGAAUAAACGAUACACAAAAUGAACAUCAGACAGUCGCUAAGUACUCUGAGAGCGCACACACACACACACACACACACACACGGACACAUAUCAGUACACUUCAGUAAACCAAGACAAUUCUGUACCUGACUGUAUUUUUUUUCCGACACCUUCGUAAACAAAUUGCUUAAGUCAUUUUUCCUACUUUGGGGGAAACUGAAAAAACUGCCCCAUUGUCUCAGUUGGCUUAUGAUAAAAGUUCAUAUUCUUAAACCUAUCAGGCUCCCGUUAUGACUAUUUUCCAAGGCCACAGGGAAGACUAACCUGGUUUUCAUGGGUGAUUGUCUAGUUCAUGGUGCAGGGGGUCGUGUCAAGCUAUCACCAGCAUCACAAAACAGUCAAUGGAAAGCCCAGCAACUUCUACGAGAGGCUUUUCAAAUAGGAGAACUGAGGUGCUGAGAUGUUUUAUAAUACGGGCUAUAGACAGAUAUGUUACGAAGGCAAGUUUUAGAACACUCGCACCUUGAAUGGCAUGGGCGACUAUACCAAAAUGUGCGUCGAUCUAACCAAAAAUCUGGAAAUCACUGAAAAAUUACUUAGUAUAUGAUACCAGAAUGUGAAUCGAACUGACCAAAAAUCUGGAAAUCACUGAAAAAUGACUUAGGAUACGAUACCAGAAUGUGAAUUGAUCUAACCCAAAAUCUGGAAAUCGCGGAAGAAUGACUUAGGUGACGAUACCAGAAUGUGAAUCAAACUGACCAAAAAUCUGAAAAUCACCGAAAAAUGACUUAGACGGUUUGUUAAUGAAGGUGACGUUAUUUUAUCCAUUAGAAGUGUUCCAAACCCAAAGACGCAAGGAGAUAGUUUGCGUUGAAAGAGUUUACAGUGAUGUGAUGUGUUGCUGCAAGACAAGAAGAGAAAAACAAGAUCUCUUACGAUGUACAAACUUAAUUAAAUGUUACCGUGUAUUAUUAUUAUAUUAAGAACCGUUCCCAUUAUUGCACUUAACAUGACUACUUACUUUGCCGUUCUUUUUUUUUGUUUUGUCGGUACUAGUCAUUUACACGGCCCAUUGGUGUACCGUCGCUGCACUUGGCGGAUGUGAAGGACGAGCCAACUUGUUUAAUUAAUAUUUUUUUGUGGGUUAUUCGGGAUAAAUUUACUAUGCCAUUAUGUGAAGGAAGUCAAUUUUUUUCCACUCACUAUUCAUGGGAAGUCCAACACCAAGCAUUACUGUGUCUGUGGGGUGUGUGAGUUGUGCGGUGUGUGGUUGCCAGCUCACAUGCAUCCUUCCGAUUGGGCCUCGUAUCAAGAAAAAUAAAUAAAUAAAUAAAUAAAAAGCGUACCCGGAAAAUUUGACCUGAGGUAUGCAACUGAACCUUUGUCGAAAAAUAUUUAUAACACAUUCUUAAUUUGAACUUGAACACAUUUUUAAUAUCUUCACUCAAAUUUUCCGGACUAGAUUUUUUUCUCUUGAUCUGAGUACUAAUUUUCAAAGCUAGUUUUUAUUUUAUAUUCCAACCUUCAUCAAAAAAGAACUCACAAAACAUUCUUGAUAUUGACUACAACACAUUUUCAUAUCUUCACUUAAAAUAUUCUAUGUCAUUUUUUUAUUCCUGAUUUGAGCACUGAUUUUCCAGGCUUUUUUUUAAGUAGAACCUUUGUCAAAAUAAGACUUAUAACCCAUUCUUUAUAUUUAACUAGAACACAUGUUUUACACGUCAACUCAAAUAUCCAAGACUAGAUUUUUAUUCCUGAUUUGAACACUGAUUUUCCAGGCUUUUUUUAAGUAGAACCUUUGUCAAAAUAAGACUUAUAACCCAUUCUUUAUAUUUAACUAGAACACAUGUUUUACACCUCAACUCAAAUAUCCAAGACUAGAUUUUUAUUCCUGAUUUGAGGACUGAUGUUCCACACUAGUUUUUCUCUCUUGAUCUGAACACUGACUGGAAAGGCGCAUCCGAGCUGGCACACACACACUAGUUUUGGUGGACACUGACCCAUGGUAAUGUUACUCUGACUGGCCGACUCUGUGGCUGGCUGGGCGUACACAUUGCCAGCCCGUCACGGUAACCAAGAAGGGGUCUCUCAGUUUGUAUGAGCCAUGAUAGUUUGUUAUCCAUUACCGCUGUUGGUUGCUGUGUGAUAUGUUGUAAAUUAUGUAUAUUUGAAUAUGUGUCAAAGGACCUGUCUUUUCAUUAUCCUGCAACUACCUUAAAGGAGUGGUGUUUUCUAUGUCGUAACAACUGAAAUGGUAUGUGAAAUAUGAUUAAAUGUGCAGAAUGGUACUUAAGAGAGCAGGUGAUACUUUGAAAUUGCCUUAGUGAUACAUGCAAUAAUUAAUAGAUACAAAUUAAGAGUUACAAAUGGACUAUUAGAGAAUUACAGUUUAGGUGUCUUUCAGUUUAACUAUCCCUGAAGCUUGGGUCAGUAUCACUAGGUUAAGUAGGAGUUGUUGAAGAAAAAGCUGAAGUAGAAAUCAUUGAAGUGUUGGUAGCAUCUGCAGUAUUCAAGUCAUUAUAGCUGCAGGAGUGAGUGUGGAAUUACGUGGGAAAGGUGAAGUAGAAACCAUUGAGGUAUUACUAACAUAUCGUCACCUUCAUAAACAAACUGCUCAAGUCAUUAUUUUCGUCUUUUUAAGAAAUAAAAA